CCUGUUUUAUCAUGCUGUUCGCAGAUGUUUUUAUUUUUUACUUGUUGACUCGAAGUGCCGGCAUAUUUAGAUAGUUGAAACUUUCCACUUUGAAAUCAAUACUUAUUUCUUCACAAAAUUUGCAUUUACAGAUGAAGAUUGAAUCUUGAAAUAUUUUCCUUUUUUAAUAUUAAAUUGGAAUUUAUCAUUAUGGAGGAAACUGUUACAAAUGUUCAUCUAGAAGUAAAUGAGUUGCAACAUCAUGACUUCUCUCCAAACCAAAGUAUAUGCAAACAAAUAAAAAACAUAGCUGUUGCAGCUGAAGAAAUUGCUGAAAAUCCAGAAUAUGUUGUUAGGCGUAAAAGUAUAGCUGUGCAGACUAUUACUAAUGAAGAAAUUAUUAUUCCCAAACAAGACCCUACUAUUCACCAAAGUUCUAAUUUAACAGUUGUCAAUUCUGAAGGUGCUAGCUCAAUGGAGAUUGAUAUUUCAUCUCAAGAAAGUGCAAUGGAUAUAGCUAGUCAGGAAAGCCUCUGUAUUAAAGAUUCAAAUUCUGAAGAACCUAAUUAUUCUGAUAAAAGUUCUUCUGUUUCGUUUUAUGAAGAUGCAAUCUUAGCAAAAGCAGAGGCUGUUCGAAAAAGAGAAGAAGCUAUUCUGCAAUAUGAGGAAAAGUUAAAGAACCGAGAGGAAACUAUUGCAUAUCGAGAAAAAAUUGUGGCCAAAAUGGAAAUGGAAAUUGAAGAACGCCAAGAAAUAUUAAAGAUUAAAGAACAACAAAUUGCAGAUCGUGAAACUGCAAUUAAAAUUCGUGAACUGGAAGCUGAUGGAUACAAAGUUAUUCAUGUCAGUAAUGAAAGCAAUGGAAAUUGCUGUUUCCCAGCAAAACGUUUAAAAAAAAACUGAAAACGUAUUUUUUUGGCUAUUUUUUAUGAAAAGUAAGACUGAAAUUUCUGUCAUUUUUUAGACACCCAAGUUUCUUCAUGUUAAACUGAAACAAAUGGAUUAAUAAUUUAGAUCAAUAAAAUAUAUAAGUUAUACCAUGUAAUACUUAUUCCCUUUGUUAGGUAGCAAGCUUAACUUUUGAACCACAGCUUUAUUAUAUAUAUAUAUAUAAUAAAAUAAUGGUCAGAUUCUGUUUCAAGCAAAAUCAACUAUUGAGAGGGUUGACUUUUUUGAAGGUUUUUAAUUAUUUGAACACUAAAUACUUAUUAAAGUAAGCCCCGGUUCAUGUUUUAUGCAAUAAUGAAUUUUAAGGCUUAUCUAUAGAGGAAAAAAAUCAGUUAAAUUAACGAUUUCUAAAUUCUUUUUGAAAAAAAGUGACAAUUAAUGUUAAUGCAAAUCUUUCAGUUUUUCCAAAGAAAAUUUUUUUUCCAGUUUUGUUUCUAAACUGAAAAAGUGAAUCUAGUCAAUUUAUUGAUAGACCUUGAAGAGCAGGUCUUUAUAUCAUCAAUUUUUCUUGUCUCAUCAAAUGACAAUUGUGUUUUUUGCAUUCUAUCUCAAUUCAAAUGUUUUGUUAACUUAAUUGAUGGUGUUCAACUAUCAUACUUUAACAUUCUUAUAUUCAAAAAACAAUGCUUGAACAUUGUUCUGUCCAAAUAUAUUUUAGUGAUUAAAAUAUUUUACUUGGUGUAGCAACCAUAGUGUUUGAAUCCCCACCUAGUAGAGGGUGAGUUCUCUUUUAUCUCUGCAUUGGCAAAGGAAUGAUUAAUUUUGAUUUAGUUUAAUGUUUUGUUAUCAUGUACAUAUGCUUUUUGUUCUUUCCCCUUUCUCAUAAUAAUAAAGUCAAAACCAGGGAAAUAAAAGGAAUGAAUUUUAUUGAAACUGAACUGUUAACCACUUUUUCCUUUAAAGAAAUUUGAGUAGUUAUUUUCAAAAGUUAGUUUAGCAUUAUUUCUUCCGGUCAUUGAGAGACACCUUUGGCGGUUUAGGAUUAACAGCUCUGUAGCUGCCUAAAGCCAAUAAAAGGUGAAGGGGAGGGGGCAAAUAAUAUAUAUGGCAAUAUUUGUUUUAAAAAAGAAGUUACUUAUGCAGUUGCCAACUAAAUAAUUUUGUAAAAGGUACAAACUCUAUAAAUUAGAAAAUAUUAAUAUUGUAUUAACACUUUCAAGUAUAAAAUCAUUGAAUUCGUAUUUGUUAAUUUGCAUUCAUUGAGAUUUUAAAAGUAUUUAUAAACAUUAAAUGUCAAUUUAAAUAUUAUUGUACACAAACAGUAAUA